AUGUCAACAGUAACAAUAACGGUAAAGUGUUCUAAUGAUACAAAAUAUACAAUAGCUGUAGAUACAUCCAAAACUGUUUUAGAAUUUAAACAACUUAUUGCAGAAAAAAGUGAAAUUGCAGCUGAUAAACAAAGAUUAAUAUAUUCUGGUAGAGUAUUAAAAGAUAAUGAUACACUUGAAACCUACAAGAUUGCUGAAGGUCAUACUGUUCAUAUGGUGAGAAGUAUGGUUCGUG